AUGGAAAAGGGCGACGGCUCUACAGAGGCAUACCGCGGCCCCAAGCUACCAAAUGUCCCAGAAGACCUGGUGGUGACGGGCGUUCUCGACCUGAGAAUGCGACGAGCGCUUAUGGGCUAUUUUGUCAACAUUCUGCGCGUUCGAAAGAGUGGCAUUCUUUCCCGCCACCGACAUACAGGCCCCGUACAUGCCACAGUGCUACGGGGCCGCUGGCAUUAUCUCGAACACGAUUGGUGGGCUGAGGAGGGCGGUUAUGCCUUUGAGCCUCCUGGUGAUAUCCAUACCCUGGAGGUACCAGAAGGUGUGACUGAGAUGGUCACUCUUUUCCAUGUGACGGGCGCGUACAUCUACGUCGAUCGCGAUGGAGUAGCGCUUGGUAUCGAAGAUGUUUUUAGCAAGCUGCAGGCAGCAAGAAAGCAUUACGAGGAGGUUGGGCUAGGUGCUGCAUUUGCGGACCAGUUUGUGAGGUAA